UGCUCUCUCUUUUCCUUUCUAUCUUCUGCCUUUCCCCCCUUUCCGGAGCCCUCCCUGCAACACCUGAGAUCCCCCUUCUUACGGAACUUAGGCACAAUGCAAGGUCAAGCGCUCCGUUACGCGCAAAUUCUCUUGGUUGCUUGCCCCUCCUUUAUCUUAUUCGGUUACAACCAGUCGGGCGUCGGAGGUCUCGAUGAUUUCCCCUCCUGGGUCAAAGUGUUUCCAGAAAUCGAUACUAUCCAUACAACAGGGGCCCAGAAAUCCCACAAUGCCACUGUCCAAGGUGCUGUGGUCGCGUCGUACACAAUUGGGGCGCUUUUUGGAUCUUUAAUUUGCAUGAUCGUUGGAGACAUGCUUGGUCGUCGCCGUACGAUCUUCUGUGGCGCAGUGAUUGCAUUGAUCGGCCAGGCGUUGGAGUGCACCGCGUACUCCCUCGCUCAAUUCGUGGUCGGCAGAGUGGUUCUGGGAUGGGGUGUCGGCAUGCUGAGUGCAACUGUACCGGUCUGGCAAUCGGAGUGCGCGCCUGCCGCUCAGCGAGGACGAAACGUGGUGUUGACCGGCAUGUUCAUCGCCUUUGGUUUUGCCUUGACGCAGUGGGUCAACUUCGGUUUCUAUCAGAUCGAGAAUUCUCCUGCUUCGUGGAGAGGCUCUCUUGCUAUCCCAGCAUUGUUUUCUUUUAUCAUCAUGGGCAGCAUCUUCUUCCUUCCCGAGUCCCCUCGCUGGCUCGUCAUGAAGAAUAGAUCGGACUUGGCGCAAUCCACUCUGGCGUCUCUGAGAGGCCAAGGGAUGGACUCGUUGGAGGUUGUUGGGGAACUUCGUGCUUACGAGAUUUCUCUGGAAGAAUCAUCGAACCACACACUUAGACUCGCAGACAUCUUCACAAUGGGAGAGGAGAAGCUCUUGUAUCGGUUUAUUUUGUGUAUCACCCUCCAGUUCUUCCAGCAAAUGACCGGUGGGACCCUCAUUUCAGUCUACAUCCCUCUCAUCUUCCAGACCGAUCUUGGACUCGGUGCCAGUCUGUCCAAGAUCCUGGCUGCAUGCGCGUUGACGUGGAAAUUCCUCUGCUGCUUUGUGGGCUUUGCCAUCAUUGACCGCAUGGGACGGCGGACGGCGUUCAUGGUCAGUGGCGGCGGCAUGGCCAUGUGCAUGCUGGCGUUGGCGGUCUCGAACUCCUUCACCAACAACCAUACGGCUUCCAUUAUCUCCGCCCUGUUCAUCUUCAUUUACAACUUCUUCCUUCCGAUCGGCUUUUUGGGCGCUAACUUCCUUUACCCCGCCGAGGUUGCCCCUGCUCGUCUUCGAGUCGCCAUGCAGGCUAUCUCGAUUGCCAAUCAAUGGCUAUGGAUGUUUGUCGUCGCAAUGAUUACCCCGGUCGCCAUUGACGAUAUCGGAUACCGCUACUAUAUUGUGUACGCCGUCAUCGGUGGCAUCAUCCCUCCUAUAAUCUAUCUAUUCUACCCCGAGACCAAGGGCCGGUCCCUUGAAGAGGUGGACGAGAUCUUCCGUGAUGCUCCCUCCAUCUUCGCCGCCGUGUCGAUGUCGAAACACCUGCCGGUCGGAGACAGGAUUCUGGAGCGUGUCAUGGAAGAGAAGGCAACGGUUGAAGAAAUAGAGUGAAGGAACACAAGACGAGUUUAGACGAAACUUACGAUAUUAUCAUGUGUGCCGAUAGACAUAGAUCUGCACUUUCCAAUGCUACAGA